AUGAAAACUCAACAGUACCUGACGAUCGUGACCCUCUUUUCGUCUUUUGCCAAUUCCUUCCCACAGAGCCGUCGGUCAAAUACAGAAUUAGCCACUCCUCCCGAAGUCGCGGUCCUGGCCCGCACCAUCACCAUUGGAGACACGACAACAACUAUAGGAGGCUUUACUGUUGGAAAUCCCGGUGACGGCGGCAGCCCUGUUACCACGUUUUCAGGGGCAAUGGGGAAUUUCAGAUUGCCUGAACAGACUGAUGCGCCAGUCUCUACGUCAACGCAAUCUGGUCCAGCGCAUAGGACGACUCCAAGUAAUGAGCCUGUUCCGACGAAUCCUUGGAAUGCGGUCUGUCCCGUCCCAUCCAUGUUCACGAUUAAUAACUUCGUGUUUGUGAGCGGGAAAGGAGGCGAUGUCUCUUUUACCGUUACGUAUGGGAAUGGUACCAUUUCAUGUCCGACGCAGGGACAGGAGGUCUUUAGUCUAGGCUUUUAUGAUAUGAGCUGCAAUAACGGCUCUGUACAUGCCCAGACGGACGGCUCUUCUUGGAUUCUCGUCCAAGAAAGGUAUACUUGCCCCGGCGCCACUGGCUCUGGGAGUAAUUCAGCUGCUUUGACAGCUUGGACGAAUUAUACUACUUUUGGAGAAUCUCUCUUUUGUGAUACAGAUGAUGCUGCUGUACAAACCUGCCUUCAGUUGAAUCCGAACAUUGAAUUUCCAGUCUUGAACUACGAAACAGCUGGCUCCAUCACUUCCAAGUAG